GUCGAAUCAAAUUCAAUCGGAGAGAGUCGAAUCAAAUUCAAAUGAAGCUCUCGUCGGCUGGAGCAGUAAUGCAGAGCUUUGGAGUAGCACCUCACAACCGGCUGUCUCCGGCGCGCCUCGGUCAGUGCCUGAUUCCUCCGUUAGCGUUUCCGGUGGCCGGCAUUUCGUUGAGGAGGCCGAGCUCGGCGUCGUUCUCUUCCGUCCUGAGAAUCAAAUGCGUCGCGGCCUCGGGCAGCAGCUCUUCAAUUGUAGCUGUAGAGCCAGCAGAGUUCAUGGAAGCAGCUAAAAAGGGGAAUUUGAUCCCACUGCAGAGGCAGAUAUUCUCGGACCAGCUAACUCCAGUCACGGCUUAUCGGUGUCUGGUGCGAGAAGACGAUAGGGAAGCACCGAGCUUUCUCUUUGAAUCCGUUGAGCCAGGUUUUCGUGUUUCACGCGUGGGGAGGUAUAGUGUGGUUGGCGCCCAGCCUGCCGUUGAAAUUGUGGCGAAAGAGAAUCAAGUUACCAUCAUGGACCAUGAACGUGGCUUGCUCACUGAACAAACUGCUGAAGAUCCAAUGACGAUUCCCAGAACCAUCUCAGAAGGUUGGAAGCCGCAGUUGGUGGGCGGUCUCCCUGCAGCAUUUUGCGGCGGGUGGGUUGGUUUCUUCUCGUAUGACACGAUUCGAUAUGCGGAGAAGAAGAAGCUGCCGUUUGCAAAUGCUCCUGAGGAUGAUCUAAACCUUCCCGACAUACAUAUCGGUCUUUAUGAUGAUGUUAUUGUCUUUGAUCAUGUUGAGAAGAAAGUACACGUGAUCCACUGGGUUCAUACAGACCAGUACUCAUCUGCAGAAAGUGCUUAUGCCGAUGGAAUGAAACGUCUGGAAACACUUGUAUCCAGGGUGCAGGACAUUGACCCUCCGAAGCUGUCUCCUGGGUUCGUGAAUGUACAAACGAGCAAAUUCGGUCCUUCAUUGACGAAGUCAAGCAUGACAAGUCAAGAGUACAAGGACGCUGUACUGAAAGCAAAAGAGCACAUCCUGGCUGGGGACAUUUUCCAGGUGGUUUUGAGUCAGAGGUUUGAACGUCGAACGUUUGCCGAUCCAUUCGAGGUCUACCGAGCUUUGAGAGUUGUGAAUCCCAGUCCUUACAUGGCUUACGUGCAGGCAAGAGGGUGCAUUUUGGUUGCCUCCAGCCCUGAAAUUCUCACCCGGGUGAAACAGAACAAGGUAGUAAAUCGGCCACUUGCCGGAACCAUCAAAAGAGGGAAAACAGCAGAGGAAGACGAAGUCCUGGCGAAGCAGCUCCUCGAUGACCCAAAGCAAUGCGCCGAACACAUUAUGCUCGUCGACUUGGGUAGAAACGAUGUCGGAAAGGUUUCGCAGUACGGCUCUGUCAAGGUCGAGAAACUAAUGGAGAUCGAGCGGUACUCCCAUGUCAUGCACAUAAGCUCAACGGUGACAGGGGAGUUGAGGCACGACCAUACCUGCUGGGACGUACUCCGGGCAGCCCUGCCGGUGGGCACUGUGAGCGGAGCUCCGAAAGUGAGAGCCAUGGAGCUGAUAGACACCAUGGAGGCGAAGAAGCGUGGGCCCUACAGCGGAGGUUUCGGUGGGAUUUCGUUCAUGGGGGACAUGGACGUGGCUCUGGCUCUCAGGACGAUGGUGUUCCCCACCGGAGCGAGGUACGACACCAUGUACUCGUACCAAGACACCGCGCAUCGGCAGCAGUGGGUAGCGUAUCUCCAGGCCGGCGCUGGAAUCGUGGCCGACAGCAUCCCCGAGGACGAGCACAUCGAGUGUCAGAAUAAAGCCGCAGGGUUGGCUCGGGCGAUUGACCUGGCGGAGUCAGCUUUCCUCCCGAGCCAGCAGCCACGAAGUAGCCGGGAACGUAAGGCUGUGGAUGGGAAUUGAGGGACAAUUGAAUUUACCAGGGGUUGGCAAGGGAAUGGUUGGCGAGCAGAAAUGCUGUGUGGUAUGCAGAAGAUUGACGCUAGGGUCGUAGCUCGUGCUUUUACCAGGCGGGUAAGUUUUGAGGUAACUAGAAAUGGAGCAUGGCAGGUUCUCAUAUACCAAUGUUCGACAUUAGCACGAGUAAGAUUGAGUAAUAUUUGAAUGGAGACUAAUUAAACAGAUCGUCCUAUUCUGAUAUGUAAUUAGAAAAAAGAAUGUAAUUAGAUCGGCGGAUCAAUUAGUAUGGACUGUCACUUUUACAUUUCAAUCUUGCAACCUACUAUCGAU